ACUCAAUUUCAUGGCUACUGAUGAUACUGAUGAAAUGCGGAUGUUUUGUUUCGACAAUGUUGCUAAAAGAAUCGUUGAAAAAACAUGCACUUCUCUCCUAACAUCAGUUACAGAUACCUCAAAUAUCCCUCCUGAUUUAGCAGCCAUUGUGUCUCUCAAAUUCACAUUUGUAGUUGUUUAUAAUCUAAUGUCUUUUCAAAAUCAAGAAAAAGAACUCCUAAUCAAGUCAGUCAUAGCUUCACAUGGAAGAGACCUAUCUUUGCCAUCAACCAAAUUGAGCAUUCCAAUGCAUCCGUCAACUCCAACAAAACUUCCAUCGAGAACAAGACAGGCAAUUUCACCCUCUACGACAUUGUCCAACCUAUCUACAUCCAUUUCUCUAGAGCAACAUAGCAGUUUUGAAGCUGGAGACAGUCUUGAAGACCAAAAUCCACAAUCUUUUGAAUCGCCACCGAAAAGGACUAAGCACAAAUCUUUAAGAUUCGAUUGCGGUGAGGAUGCGACUAACAAGGAUAAAUGAUCUAUUGUCCAUGGAAACAAAAUGAUGGGGCUGGUGUUCCUAAUAUUAGUCACUAUGCGCACCAAUUUUUGUCUAACAUAGAUGUUUAUGUCUUAUUUGGAAAACAGUAUCCAAAUAUUUUUUGUCUAUGCAUCGUAGACUUAAUGUUGUUGAAGACAUACUGUUUGUACGUACGUCGACACAUCCUAUAAUGACCAUAUUAUGUAAUGAGCACUACUAUCUUUCUAUGCUGAUCAUAUUACGUAA